AUGCCCGCAACGGACUCGCCAGCGCUCAUUGUAGCCCGCUUCUUGAAAGCGAAUCACUACAACGAGACUCUCAAAGCAUUCCUCACCGAAGCAGGACUCACCGAAGAUGUGGUGACACUGAACCCAGGCGACUGGACGAUCGAAAAGAUUCUCGAGGAGAAGAAACAAUACGACGCCAGUCUCACGUAUGAAAAGAAAGGCAACGACGCCGAGGUUGGAUGGCCGGUACCGGCACCCUCAGCGGCAUUCGAGCCAGAAAACUUCCCAGUGACAUCCAACAUUCUAUGCGUGAGCGGUCACAGCCUGAACGGCGAAGCGUCCAUUUUUGUCACCGCCGCGGAUCGAACCUGGAGUCAAUUGUCGCCCAAGCCACCAUUUGAGUGGCGGCAAGGGUUUGGCAAUCCCCAUGGCAGUCCAAUUCUAUCGCUCCGUUCGUUGGAGGGAGGCUAUGUCUUUUCAACUUCCAUGUCCGGCCAGCUGAUGCUACAUGGCCGAGGCGGCGAAUUGAUCGACAAGGUCCGAGACCAUCUCAAGUACGCGGUCCAGGUGGUCGUUGGCCGCACGCAGCAGGGCAAAUGGAUUGUGGCGACAGCGGGUUGGGAUCAGAAGGUGCACAUCUACGCCCCUGAGUAUGAGUUGGCCGAGAACUUCCGGCCGAGUGAACACGCGACCUCUACUUCUUCGCUCAAUGAACCGAUCAUCCCAGGACUCCUCCGCGAUCCGAUUCACACCAUCUCCACGCCUACGGUUCCGGAAUCCAUGGUCCUCGUGCAACAUCCGGACACUCACGACUUGUAUCUCGUCGUCUCUAGACGAGACUCCACCUUCCUGUAUUACUACUGCAUCACGCCGACUUCGUCCGAAUCGUCUUCCUCGCGGAGCGGCGAAGCCACCUAUUCUGUCCAGGAGACGGGUAGACAGAACCUCGCGCCGCACUCGAACGCCUGGGUUGCCUUCACGCCAUCCUGCCUGGCUUCGUGUCCACCGGAUCCGACGCUUCUGGCCGUGGCGACAUCUCACCUACCACAUAUGAAACUCCUGAUCGUCCGUCUUCUCUUUCCUACGGGCUCCUACACGCCCAGCAACUCCUCCGCCACGGAGUUACAGUCCCAUACGCAGGCAGCCCAGGCACGCGCAGCCCUGGCCAUCCAGGACCGGGAGGAUGCAGCGAUCAAGUUGCACGUCACCACGAUGGCACCCCAGACGCCGUAUUCUAACCCGCAAGUUGUCUGGCGACCAGGCGGAAAGGGCGUAUUCGUAAAUGCAGACGAUGGCGUGAUCAGAGGGGUGGACACGCAGAGUGGAAAGGUUGUGGCCUUGCUCAGGGGCCACGAAGUUGGGAGUAAGGUUCGAACGCUGUGGGCUGGUGUUGAAGCUGCUGGAACAGCCGAUGGGAGUAAGAACGAUAAUAGCAGGGAGAUCUUGGUUAGUGGUGGAUUUGAUAAGAAGGUGUUCUUCUGGCGGGUCGAACAUGAGAAGUAG